CUUCAAGUCGCAAAGACGUACUUAUAUUAGUUACUAAGAGAGUUUCUCGUGUUUUUUUAUUUCAAAAGUUUCAAAAUUUGAUCAAAAUUUAAAAAGCUUUCUAAAAUGAGUUGCUUAUACUUUUGGAUUAGAGAAAAGCAAUUCAAAAGGCCUUCCAAAUUAACACUCAGCAUUUCACCCGUAGAUGUUAAUUAUCCUCUAGACAGGAAUAAGUAUCGCAAAAGAUGUAAGCAUAAAGAUUUUGAAAAGCUCGUAAUUCACGAGACACCAUCAUUAUCACAAGCAUACGAUCUGUUAAAAACGCCAUGGUUUCGUCACAAAAUUAUAAGCAGUAACAAAAUUUUCAAUAUUGAAUUCAAAAUUAAUAAAGAGCUGCCUGAAAACACUAAGGACUUCCAUUUUGAUCCAGACAUUUUUAAUGAAAAAUCAUUUCUUGUCAUAUUCAGUUCGACAGUUGGAAAAAGGAAAAAGUUUUACUGGAAAGUCGCUGGAGAUAAUAAAUUUUUAUCGUUUGAACUUUCAGAUAAAAUUUUGUCUGAUUUUUUUCAAAACUUCAUUGUGCAUGAAGUGAAAAAUAACAGAAAUGGACUUUUAUCAUCAUUUGAAUCUAAGUCAGAACUUGAUAUUCGAGAUUUUCAUAGAAUAAUUGGACAUCAUUUCCUUCUAAUGGCUCCUAAGGGUACAUCUGAGAAUCUAAUUAAAAAAUUGAUUCCCAGUGGAUUUGAUCUUUACAGCGGAAUGGGCCACAAUUUUCUUGUAAUGGCAGCAGAACAAAGUCGUGACGAUAUUGUUGAUAAAUUGCUUCCGUACAAUUUUGACCUUAAUGAAAGUAUAAGCGGAAUGUAUGCACUUAACAACACAUUAGUGAUUGUAGGAUGUCAUAUGAAAAAUAUACAAUUCUCUGCAAUCGACAUAGCAUGGCAGAAUUACACAGUAGGAAGUGAUACAGAAGAUCAAAGACGUCGAAGUAAUAAAAUCAUUUUGAGCUUGCUUAAUAAAAACUCAAGGCUUCCAGGACCACAUGUCGCUUUUAAAUAUGAAAAAGCAUCAGAGGAAGUGAAAAAGUUUAUAGAUAUGUGUGAGAAAGUUCAUAGUUAUGCACAAAUUGAUGACAUAGAAAAUUUAACGACAGAAAUAACACAACAUCCUCAUUUGAGACACUUUUGUAAUAGAAAUAAUCAGUCGAUCAUGUUUUAUGCAAAACAGCAACAAAAAUUGAAAAUUAUAAAUUUGUUAUCGUCUCUAAAUAUUUCAAUUGGAAGUCAUGAAGAUCCAGAGCAUGGCUAUUUACAUCAAAUACCUUUAGAAUGUGUAUUUAAUAAAAAAGCAGUUAUUAAAUUUUUUGGACUCAACCAUAAAGAAAAGCAUCAAUAAAAUCUAGAUAAUUCAUUUCGAGUUCCUUUUUUGAGACAAAUUUUUAUCUAAUUGUCAACCAGACACAAAAUUAAAAUCAUGUUUGUACUAAAAAGCAGCACGAAACAAAAUCCCGCACAACAAAUAUCACACGACAGUUUAAGCUGUAAAUUUAGAUCAAUAUUAAACUCAUGUUUGCUGUUAAAAAGCCAGCGAAAAUUACUCCGCAUAGAGUCAUCAAAUGGAAAAUAAAAUGUAAAAAUAUGUGUUGCUGAAGUGUCCCCCGUGAAACAUUUAAAAGUAUUUUUCACAUGUUUUUACUCUUAAAAUUAUUUUAUUUGACACGUCAAGGGAAGAGUGUGUAUAGGAAAC